UAAACAUACAGAAUGGAACUUCAAACUUAGAGGACUGAUUGUUAACAGAAGGAAAAGUUGACUUAACAGUUCCGAAUCAUAGUCGUUGUGAUUCGAUUAGCAGUAGCUCAUCUAGUGACUCGUCAACCAGCUCAUCAAGCUCUUUCAAUGAAGAUAGCUACGACUCCGUAAAAGACCCAGACUAUGAAGAUAUAGAACUAAGACAUUGUAAUGGAAGAUAUGCUUCAUGUUCUGACGGAUAAGAUUUACCUAUUAGACAAGAAAUCAAGACAAUAUUUUAUGUGAAAGUGUGAAUCAGCUAUCUAGGGAAGUUCAUGAAAUGAUACUUAAUAAUCUUAUACCAAUACAAAGUAAACCGUCUGAUAAGGAAAAUAUAAGCGCCUCUCAACAGAAGUUAACAAAUCCAGAUUGUAGUCAAAAUAAAAUAGGAAAGAAAAGACAAAGACAAGAAGAUAAUUGUCAAAAAAAUGUAGUAAAGAAACUGAGAAACUGUGGAAAAUCUUAUCAGACACUAAAGGCAAAGAAAUCCAUUCCAGAAUGUACAUUGAAACCACCUUGCAGAGAAAGUUGUGCUUUCAAAUGCCGGUCAAAUAUCACAGAGGAGCGACGUUUGCAAUUAUUUAAAGAAUACUGGGAUUUAGGAAACAUCGAAAACAGUGGCCAUUUAUCGCAAACAGUGUUGAAGCAGUCGUCCCAAAAUAUCGUUACGUUAAAAUGGAUGCCGAUGGGAACGUUGCACCUUCUCGUGACAAUAACAACGCUUUCUUUUUAACUGUUACUGGUGUAAAGACUAGAGUGUGUAAACUAUUCUUUAAAAAUACUUUAGCAAUUAAUAACCGGCCUAUUGAGACGGCCUUAAAGAAGAAGAUAGAGACAGCAACAUUUCAGCAAUGAAAGAUAAUUGCGGAUGUCAUGAAGUUCUCUCACAUAUAGAGAUAGAGAAUGAUAAAAAAGACAAUACAAUUCUGGUCUCAGUGUAUGACUUGCAGCAGUGUUUCAAUUCCCCAAAAGGGAGAUUUCGGUCUGCUACUAUAAAUCGACAUUGAAUAUUUUUAAUUUAACCAUAUACAACAUUCAGAAUAGCUGUGUUAAAAGCUAUGUUUGGGAUGAGUCAAACGCCCAUAGAGUUGUGAAUGAAAUCGUUACAUGUAUUUACAAGUACCUUAAGAAAGUUUCAAAAACAGUCAACAAUUUAGACGUUGUGUUCUAUUCUGUUAAUUGUGCAGGCCAGCAAAAAAAAUACAUUUAUGAUCUGUAUGUAUCUAUACAUAGUAAAAACAACUGAAAAUCUUAACUCAGUAACGCAUAAAUAUUUGAUAAAAGGGCACACCCAAAACGAGAGAGAUCCUGCUCAUUCUCAAAUUGCGAGAGAAAUUAAACGUCAAUUAAGAUGCGGCCCUAUGUAACGGCCCUAACUAACUUUUCUUUACUGAAAGAUGAAAAUAAUGAGACAGUAAAACUAGCAGGUUUAAAGGUGAUUCAACUUAAAAAAAAGCGAAUCGAUGCUAUAUUUUUUAAAAAUUCAUACGCUGACAAUUUAAGAAAGAUAUAGUUAUUAAUAAAAAGAAAAAUAGCAACAAUUUGGAAUUGAGAGAUGCAUACAGCGCAAAACCAGGUAUGCCCGGUAAGAAAAAAGCGGAUCUCAUGGAUUUGGUUAAAAAAAUCCUAAUUCCAAGAUAUCACAGGUUGUAGUUUUAAAAGUCACUUGUUUUGCUUGUUUUGACAAAGACAGUAUUUUAAGUGUUACAUUUUCGUAAUUUAAUGAAAUUAGUUCCUUUAGAAUUUAAGCUUUUACUCAAUAUUAAAUAACUUUAAGAAAUAGUUUUAAUUUAAGAAUUUAAUUUCGCCUUGUAAUUCUAAUAUUGUUUGUUAUAGUUACACUUUUUCAAUAAAGAACAUAAUUGUCAAAUCUAAAAUCUUUUACUUCGACAACGUUUGUUUAUUGUAUAACCCAGUAACAUAACAAAAAUAAUAUCAUCAACAACGUGACAAAUCAG